AUGGCACCCAUUAUCGACAACACCGCCACUCCUGGCACGGUGACUCUCGUCGAUGUCGACCAUGUCAUGGAAACGCGGCAUUUGGCCCGCGGAGACCGCGAUAUUGUGCUGGUCCCCACGCCCUCCAAUGAUCCGGAUGAUCCACUCAAUUGGAGUCCCAGGCGAAAAUUGCUGUCGACCGUUUGCGUGAGCGUUUACACAUUAUUUUCGGGAAUUGCUUGUUCCGUUGUGUAUUCGGUUCUUACGCCACUCCAUGAGGCUACCGGUCUGCCGGUGAGUACCUUGAAUGAGGGGACGGGAUAUAUGUUCUUACUGGCUGGCUGGGGUCUGCUGUUCUGGCAGCCUUUUGCCAUGCAGUAUGGCAAGCGGCCGACAUACAUCUUGUCAUUGAUUGGGAUCUUGGUGAGUCCUGGACCUUGUCUCAACUGA